CGCCGGACGGGCCGGGCCAGCAUGGAGCCAGCCAGAGCCCUCCCCAAUGCCUCCGGUAACAGCAGUGGUGCUGGCAAUGCCCCACACUCCCCUGUUGCCACAGGGCUCAUCCUGCUGGCUGCCCUGGCUGUUCUUUUGACCACACUGAUGGGCAACACGCUGGUGGUGGUGGCCGUCUCCACCAGCCGGGCACUGCGGGCGCCCCAGAACCUUUUCCUGGUGUCACUGGCCUCAGCAGACAUCCUGGUGGCCGUCCUCGUCCUGCCCUUCUCACUGGCCAAUGAGGUGAUGGGCUACUGGUAUUUCGGUGACCUGUGGUGCAGUCUGUACCUGGCACUGGAUGUGCUGCUCUGCACAGCUUCCAUUGGGCAUCUCUGUGCCAUCAGCCUCGACCGCUACUGGGCCGUCACCCGGGCAGCCAGGCUCAACCUGCGCCGCAGCCCCAGGAGAGUGAAGGGGAUGAUUGGGGCAGUCUGGGCAGUGGCAGCCCUGGUGGCACUGCCACCACUCCUGUGGGCCCAGCCACGGGGACAGGAGUGCCAACUGAGCCAGGAGACGUGGUACGUGCUGGCCUCCUGUGCCACCUCCUUCUUCGCUCCCUGCCUCGUCAUGGUCACUGUUUACUGCCGUAUCUACCACCUGACUGCCCGGAGGACUGCAGCCCUCUUCGCCACCCAUGCCCCGUGCCUGGACAAAAAGGGUCUGGAUGUGGGGACACUGGGCUGGCGGCACCAGAGCCAGCACCAGAGCAUAUUGCUGUAUCGCCGGAGGCUGGUGCGGGCACGGGAGCGGCGCUUCACCAUCGUGCUGGCCGUGGUGAUGGGGGCCUUCAUGCUCUGCUGGUUCCCCUUCUUCUUCACCUAUAGCCUGGGGGCUGUCUGUGGGGAGGGUUGCCACAUCUCCAAGCCCCUCUUCAGCUUUUUCUUCUGGAUUGGCUACUGCAACAGCAGCCUCAACCCCCUCAUCUACACCCUCUUCAACCGGGACUUCCGUGCCGCCUUCCGCCAGCUUCUUGCUGUCCCCUGUUGGCACCACACCUAGGGCCCUGCUAGGACACCAGGGACAUGGCCACCAGCCCUGCUCACCACUGGCAGCACCCUGCCCCAUCAUGGACCACAGACCUGUGGACAUAUGACAGCGUACACCUCAAGGUACUUUUGGAAA